AUGCCUCGCGGUCAGAAGAGUAAGCUCCAUGCUCGUGAGAAACGCCGCCAGAACCGAGGCCAUGCUCAGGGUUCUAAGGGUGCUCAGCAAACAGCAGUGGCAGCAGCAGAGCCCACUUCACCCUCCACAAGUGCUGCUGAGUCAUGUAACAUUCCCCAGGGGCUUGAAGCACCAUCUACCACAGUUCGUAGAGGUAGACGUAGACGUGAUGUUGGUUCUACACCAUCAUCUACUGCACCUACUGAUGUGGGUAUUUCUGCAGCAAAAUCUAUUGCCCCUACUGAUAUGGCUGUUUCUGUUUCAACAUCUGCUGCCUCUACCGAGUUGCAUGCUUCUACACCACCAGUUAUGGCUCCUUCUGAUGAAGGUUGUUCUGGUGUUCCAUCUAUUGCCUCUACUGAUGAAGAUGUUUCUGAUACUGAAUCUGUUGGUACCACUUGUUUGGAUGUGUUUGACACUAAGUCUCUUACAGAAUCUACAUCUGUAGGUGAAGAAGGUACAAGCCUUUCUGAUGAAGAUUACUCUAAUAAGUUUACACAUCUAGAUCAUGUAUCCAAAGAAGUUCUAAUGGUAGAACAGCUACUACUCCACAAGUACAAUAUGAAGCAGUUUACUACUAAGGAAGAUAUGUUGAGUAUCAUCAGCCAAAACUAUACAAAGGACUUUGAUGAGAUCUUCAAGAGAGCCUCUGAUCACCUCUCUGCUGUCUUUGCAGUUGAAGUAAGAGAAGUGAACUCUGACACAUACAACCUUAUCAGCAAGCUGAGACUCCCAAACAAUGGGAGAGUUCGUGCUGGCAAAGGCUUCCCCAAGACUGGUCUUGUGAUGAAUGUGCUGGCUAUGAUAUUAUUGAAAGGAAACUCUGCCACUGAGGAAGAUAUCUGGAAAUUCCUGAAGUUGAUGCGUGUGUAUCAUGGGAAGAAGCACUAUGUAUUCGGAGAACCCAAGAAGCUCAUCACCCAAGAUUUGGUGAGGUUGAAGUACCUGGAGUCCCGGCAGGUGCCCAACAGUGAUCCUCAAUGCUAUGAGUUCCGGUGGGGUCCCCAAGCUCAUGCUGAAACCAGCAAGGAUGAAGUCUUGCACUUCUUGUCUAAGAUCAAUGAAACCGCCCCUACAUUUUUUGCCACCCUCUAUGAAGAGGUUGUGAAAAGUGAGAAAGAUGAAACCGUGAGCAUAGAAGUACGCCAGCCUAGCACCACUGCUCAAGCAUCUGCAGUUCCUGGUCUCUCUCCUUCCGAAGUUAUUUCUUCCCUGGUUGAAUCUGAACCUGAAAGACUGUCCAAAUAA